CCAGCGGGCAGCGCCGCGGGCCAGGCUGGGCGCCGGGAGCAUGGGCAGCGACAGGGGCGCGCCCGGACGGCCGGGCUGGACGGGCGGUCUCCUCGGCGGCCGGGAGGCGGCGGCGCGGCCGCGACUGCUGCCGCUGCUACUCGCGUUUCUGGGCUGCUUGGGCCGCGGCGUGGCGGCCGAAGACGCAGAAGUCCACGCCGAGAACUGGCUGCGGCUCUAUGGCUACCUGCCCCAGCCCAGCCGCCACAUGUCCACCAUGCGCUCCGCCCAGAUCUUGGCCUCGGCCCUCGCGGAGAUGCAGCGCUUCUACGGGAUCCCGGUCACGGGCGUGCUCGAUGAAGAGACCAAGGCGUGGAUGAAGCGGCCCCGCUGUGGGGUGCCAGACCAGUUCGGGGUGCGCGUGAAAGCCAAUCUGCGGCGGCGGCGCAAGCGCUACGCCCUCACCGGGAGGAAGUGGAGCAACCACCAUCUGACCUUCAGCAUCCAGAACUACACAGAGAAGCUGGGCUGGUACCACUCCAUGGAGGCGGUGCGCAGGGCCUUCCGCGUGUGGGAGCAGGCCACACCCCUGGUCUUCCAGGAGGUGCCCUACGAGGACAUCCGGCUGCGGCGGCAGAAGGAGGCCGACAUCAUGGUACUCUUUGCCUCUGGCUUCCACGGCGACAGCUCGCCGUUUGACGGCACGGGUGGCUUUCUGGCUCACGCCUAUUUCCCUGGCCCCGGCUUGGGCGGGGACACCCAUUUUGACGCAGAUGAGCCCUGGACCUUCUCCAGCACUGACCUGCAUGGGAACAGCCUCUUCCUGGUGGCGGUGCACGAGCUGGGCCACGCACUGGGGCUGGAGCACUCCAACAACCCCAGUGCCAUCAUGGCGCCGUUCUACCAGUGGAUGGACACCGACAACUUCCAGCUGCCCGAGGACGACCUGCGGGGCAUCCAGCAGCUCUACGGCACCCCGGACGGUCAGCCACAGCCCACCCGGCCUCUCCCCACCGUGACACCCCGGCGGCCAGGCCGGCCAGACCACCGGCCCCCCCGGCCGCCCCAGCCACCACCCCCAGGCGGGAAGCCAGAGCGACCCCCAAAGCCAGGCCCCCCAGCCCAGCCCCGAGCCACAGAGCGGCCCGACCAGUAUGGCCCCAACAUCUGUGAUGGGAACUUUGACACAGUGGCCAUGCUUCGCGGGGAGAUGUUCGUGUUCAAGGGCCGCUGGUUCUGGCGAGUUCGGCACAACCGCGUCCUGGACAACUAUCCCAUGCCCAUCGGGCACUUCUGGCGUGGGCUGCCCGGGGACAUCAGUGCUGCCUAUGAGCGCCAGGAUGGUCGCUUUGUCUUUUUCAAAGGUAACCGCUACUGGCUCUUCCGGGAAGCGAACCUGGAGCCCGGCUACCCCCAGCCGCUGACCAGCUACGGCCUAGACAUCCCCUAUGACCACAUCGACACGGCCAUCUGGUGGGAGCCCACGGGUCACACCUUCUUCUUCCAAGAGGACAGGUACUGGCGCUACAACGAGGAGACGCAGCGUGGAGACCCUGGCUAUCCCAAGCCCAUCAGUGUCUGGCAGGGGGUCCCCACCUCCCCCAGAGGGGCCUUCCUGAGCAACGAUGCAGCCUACACCUACUUCUACAAGGGCACCAAAUACUGGAAAUUCGACAACGAGCGCCUGCGGAUGGAGCCCGGCUACCCCAAGUCCAUCCUGCGGGACUUCAUGGGCUGCCAGGAGCACGUGGAGCCAGGCUCGCGAUGGCCCGACGUGGCCCGCCCGCCCUUCAACCCCGACAGGGGUGCAGAGCCGGGGGCGGACGACGGGGACAGCGCGGAGGGCGAUGCAGGCGGCGGCGGCGGCGAGGGGGACUUCGGGGCAGGGGCGGACGGGGACAAGGACGGGGGCAGCCGUGUGGUGGUGCAGCUGGAGGAGGUGGUGCGGGCGGUGAACGUGGUCGUGGUGCUGGUGCCGCUGCUGCUGCUGUUGUGCGUGCUGGGCCUGGCCUACGCGCUCGUGCACAUGCAGCGCAAGGGCGCGCCGCGCGUGCUGCUCUACUGCAAGCGCUCGCUGCAGGAGUGGGUCUGACGCCGCCGCCUCCGGCCUCACGGUGCUCGGGGCUCCCUCCGCCCCUGGGUGGGGGCCCCUCCCGGCCCUCAAACAUCGGUGGUCCUGCCCUCCUUAUUUAUGCCCAGGUUUUGGGGGGGUUUUAUUUUGGCACCUUAAGUGAGCAUUUGUUUCUGCUUUCCUGACCAGGGCAGAGUGUUUAGAGUUUUCUAAACGUAGUUCUGUUCCAGACAGGGAAUCAAGCCCUCGUCCACCCCUGGCUCGGCCACAGCCAGAGGAGCGCAGGGGCACAGGCCUACGCUGGAGCAUGGCCAGUACGGCCUGAGCCCCGGGGCCAACACGAGGACUCUGUUUGCCCAGUGCCCAGUUGGAGACUGGCCAGCCCAGCUGGGUCCCCUCCUUCCUGAGUCUGGCCUUAGAAGAGCUUUUCACCCAGGGGAAGCCCCAGGGUGACAGGGAAGGGGCCAGGAGGUGGGCCACUAGCCCCUGAGUUGAGUUGAGGCUUGGUUCCUUCCCGGCCCACUCUGAUGGCCCCAGCAACCCUGAGAACCCAGCCACACCCCACCCGGGCCCUGGGCAGCCCGCAGCUCCCAUGUGCCCCUUGGGCCCACGUCUCCUUCCCUCUCCGGAGCAGGGGCCCAGGGCCUGCCUUACCACGGACCAAAGGGAGACUGCUAAGGCCCUCCCCCAAGCCAGUCCUGGCCUCACCCCAGCAGAGACCAGGCAUGGGGUCUUCCCUCCAGCUCCCUGUGCCCCAGGGGACUGGGAGGACAGACACUGAUGGGGACAGGCCAGCAGCUCCCCCCAACCCCUCAUGCAGACUGUGGAACCCCGAAAGGAGCCCAUCGUGGCGAAGAGGCUCCCCUCCUGGGCUCAGCCCUGAGGGUGGGGAUGCUUCCUUCCUCCUUCCCGCCCAGAGCAAGCAGGCGGCGGCCAGUGGGAAAUGGUACUGUACGGCUGCUCUGUCUCCUGCCCCAAAAGCCUGGGCAGGUGAGGACUACCCAGCAUCCCUGAGGUGCAGGAGGCGGGGGUUCUGCCGGCUUCUGGUGCACGUGGGUCCAGCAGCUCCCCCACCUCUGCAGAGCCGGAAAGCCAGCCGAGGGGAGGGGGAGGGGCCCAGUCCACCCACGUACACGUAUGUCUGUAAAUAACCUGCACUGAUUAAAGUGUACAGCCGGCCA